GCUGAUUUGCUAGAAGCUCGUCUGGGCAGCAGCAGAGGCAGCAGUCGGAGCAGCAGCAGGUGCAGCAGCAGGAGCAGCAGUCCGUGUCCAGACACCGAGAAUGGUGGCGGUGGGUGGUGGUGGUGGUGGUGUGGGCGGUGGUGUGGGCGGCUGUGUGUGGUGAGGCUGGCCCAGCUCUCUCUUUUCCUCACCGGAGUAGCCGCCGCCACCCACCUCAUCACCGCCGCCCUCACCUCCGUGCUGGUUGCCCCGCCCGUGCCCCAGGCGCGCCCACCCGUGCCCUCCGUGCCAGACCGCCACCACCUGCCGCGGCCCGCGCCAUCCACACUGCUCGACCUGGACGACUUCCACUACGUGCACGAGGCGGCCGAGGCGUGCUCGCCCGCGCGGCUCUACUUCGUCUUCCUCGUCCACUCCCGCCCAGACCACUUCCGUCAGCGCCAGGCGAUCAGGGCUACAUGGGGCGGUUACAAGGACCUGGGCGGCGGGUGGGCAGCCCGAACUGUUUUCCUGCUGGGGCAGGGUAGUGGGGGCGGCGGGGAAGUGGGCGGGGAGAGCAGCAUGGGCGGCGUGGAGGUGGAGCGGGUGGUGGAGCAGGAGGCGGGGCGGCACGGAGACCUGGUGGUCGGCAGCUUCACCGACCACUACCACAACCUCACCUACAAGCACGUCAUGACGCUGCGCUGGGCGGCCGCCCACUGCGCUAACGCCAUCUACCUCGUCAAGGCCGAUGACGACGCCUUCAUAGACGUGCCGGCGCUGCGGGCGCUGCUCGACCGCACCUUUAGCCACCCGCCGCCCAGCCGCACCCUCGCCUGCAACGUGCUGCCCGCAGGCACGCAGCCACAGCGCUCUGGGAAAUGGGCGGUCAGCGACACUGAUUACCCGUGGCCGGAGUACCCGCGGUACUGCGCGGGCCUGGCGUACGUGGCCACGCCCGAUCUGGCCGACGAGUUGGCCCGCGUGGCGCAGGCGGGCGUGGCCACCAGGAUCUGGGUGGACGACGUGUGGGUGACGGGGCUCCUGGCCGAGGCGCUGCGCCUCCAGCCGCACUACCUCAACCUCCGCUACUCCUACGACCACAACGACAUGUCGGCGUGGGCGGACCGUGCCAAGCCCACCUCGCCGCCCCCCUACACCUUCGCUCACCUUGAUCCCGCUUGCCACGACUGGUGGUCCACCCUCAACACCCUCUGGCGUCACGCCCUCGCCGCCCACCACUCCGGUGACACGCCCACAGCUAACAAUAUUUCACACGCCAGAUAGUGUCACCUCCACGACACAUGUAUAUUAUGUAUAAAAUGUUCAAGUAUCUCAAGCUACUGAAAGCCUCAUCAUACAUACAUACAGUCAGUCCAGUUUGUUGUAUAGUCCGUCGUUAAGUACCGAUUGAACGCAAUAAAUUCUUGUGAACAACAACGUUUGUUACCAUUUUCUGGCUUAAUUCGCCACUUUUUUAUAAUUUGGACAUAUGUGUCGAAUAUGUCGACGUGAUUGUGUGUGGUGUAUGUCGAAAACAUUGUAUGCCGACAUGUGUUUUGUAUGUUGAAGGCAACAUACGCCGUAGUCUGACAUGUGUUGUCGUGGUGUUUUAUACGAUUUGAAUAAGUGUGCGCGCGCAUGCGCGCUUUGUGCAACUAUUCCAUUCUACGAAAUCGUCCAAAGCGUCAGGAAAUAAAACAAAAAUAAACCUCACUAAAUACAUCAGGUGGUUUUCAAAAAAUAGCAAUAUGUAUCACGAAAAAGGUCAUAUAUAAACAUUUUUGAUAACAUGGAUAAUAAACUGUCUUUCAAGACUAUCUUGAUUGUACGAUCGCCGUUGGUUGAUAAUUGUAACGAAGAAUGAGAAGUUGAUCGCUACUCGCCUCUCUCAACAUUCCUUCCGUGCGGGAAAUUAAAAUAAUUUGGAUGAGGGAAACUCAAAUUUAGAGAUGUUGAAGAAAAAAAUAUAAGUACCGGCAAUAGAUUUUACAUAUUAGCUCUGAACCCAAUCUUUAUAAAAAUAAUAAUAAUAAUAAUAAUAUAAUAAUAAAAAAAAUAAUAAAAAUAAUAAUAAUAAUAAAAAUAAUAAUAAUUAUAUAAAUAAUAAUAAUAAUAAUUACUAAAUUACUACUAAGCUCACUUUAAUUUCAAUCAUAUUUUGAAUUGCGUAUGACCUUUAAUAAAUAAAUCAAUCAAUAAAUCCUAAAGAAUACAUAAAUCAGAUGCGUAUCUCUGUGUGCCAUUGAGAUGGACAAGCAUAUAUACAGUCUUAAAAAAAAUCCAAUCACAAACACUGGAACAAGCCUGCAGCACAAUCACACUUACACGUCAGCACAAUCACACUUACACGUCAGCACAAUCACACACAGACGACAAUAAGACUUGCGCUCCUUAACUCCAGUAUGCUUGUAUCGCCAACGUAUUGUAUAUUUGUAUAGAAUACUGUAAACUGUCCAUAGAAUUUGUUGUGCGUGAAAUGCCUUAUGUGCCAAACAUGUGUUUUCAAUAAUGUAAAAGCUUAUGAACAAAGCUUACAAUAUGUUCAUCAUUCAUACACCUAAAUGUUCAGUAACGAGACUCAGUUAGUAUUUUCAGAGUUUUCUAAAUGUAACCACGUUAAAUGUUUAACGUUAAACACGUUAAAUGUUGAACGUUAACUACGUUAAGCGUUGAACGUGUUUACUGUUGUGUAAAACGACUCGUCCAAUGCGAUUAAGUGUACUGCACUUCUUGAAGUUUAUCACAGCUAAGCAUAAGUGGAAGCAUUCCACGCUCCAUUCCGGUCACCAUAUACCGUGAAAUUACCACAACGCGUUAACAAAACAGCAUAGUCUCUCUUUAUUCACUUAUAAAAAUUAUAAAAUCGAAAAGUGCGUGGUAGCAAGGCUAGGAGAACGGUGAGGUGCAGCCAGCGUGGCGUCACAGGCGCCUCUACAUGCACGAACGACUCUGGCGUGUUGGAUUCAGAAGCCGCGUCGGCUACCUCCUGGUAAUCGGAUCACAGAUUCAGCUUUUGGUGUGAGAAAAUACAGAUACCAAAUAGCCGUAAAAUAUAUAUAUAUAUAUAUA